UCGGUCCAGCUGGAUUUAUUGGUAUGAAAUAAAAUAUGCCCUUUCAUCAGAGGAGCAUUGAGCCGCGGCGUGUGAGUAGGUUAUCGGCGAGGGAAGGCUGGAUACGGGGGGAAGAAACCGGGAUACGCAAACUGCGAAAACCCGUUUUAUUCUCGUCUUUGGACGAGGUUAGCUGUCAUACUUUGACCAACAUAAUCCACCAACUCUCCGACCUUUGUCGACAUGCCAGCGACAUCUUUCUGGGCAUCGAGAUGGAGGCAGGGAUGGUGUUCAGAAGAUCCCGCAGGAUUCAGGGGCGGCUGCAAAUUCUGCAGGGCGAAGUCCACAAGUUUGAACCCAAGAAAAUCAAAAUCCCGGUGUCUAACCUGGAUGAGGAGAGCAAGUGGACAGUUCAUUACACGGCUCCGUGGCACCAGCAGGAGAACGUCUUCCUACCAGGCAACAGGCCACCCUGCGUAGAAGACCUGCACCGUCAGGCCAAAGUCAACCUCAAGACCGCCCUGCGAGAAUGCGACAAGCUGAGGAAAGAUGGUUUCCGGAGCUCCCAGUACUACUCCCAGGGUCCUACCUUUUCAGACCCAAUUCAGUCCACCAGCAGCCUGCAAGAUGAUGAGGAUGAUGAAAAUGACAAGAAGUCCACAGCUUCAUCAGCGGAGGACGAAAAAUCCCAGCUCUCCAUGAGGCCCCAGACCCCGCAGGCAGGGGGCGAGGAGGGGGAGGGCUCUGAGGUUGACGGACAGGUGAUAUGGAACAAGGCCACACACCUCCCCACCCCGGAGGAGAAGAUGAGACAGGCGGCCAAGGCCGUGCCUACAGACAUAGUUGCCAUCAACGUCACAGGGGCAGUGUUUGACCGACAGGCGAGCAUCCGGCGCUCCCUCAUUAACACUGACACCGUGUCCCGCCGGCCCAAGAAGGUCAAACGCAGAAAGACUAUAUCAGGGCUGCCUGACAACGUCAACCAGGAGCUAGCGGCAAAAGGACGUGGCGGAGACCUCCGGCCGCAUUCCAUGUUCAUCCCGGGACAGUACUCCACUUUGGGCCGAGUUGGGAGUGUCAACUCAACGCUCCGACGUUCAGAGACCAGAGACUCAAGCUGCCAGACAGAAGAAGUGAAGAUUGUUCCCCCGUCCAUGAGAAGAAUUCGGGCGCAGAGAGGACAGGGAAUUGCUGCUCAGAUGGCUGGCAUUUCUGCUUCCUCCUCAACAGGAAGUAUAUCCAUCUCCAGUAGUGACAGCUCUGGGAUCUUGAUGCUGCCACAUCAGUUUAACGGAGACCCUUCCCGCUUCCACAGUCUGCCCCGACAAGGCGCCAGGGUGUCCCUCAGCGCUGAUCCCAUCUAUAGCAGCACCCCCAUCAAGUCAGAUGAGCAAACUACGCCGCAGAGGCACAUUGGAAAGCUUCAGGUUGAUGAUACAGUGGUCCACAUGAGAAAUGCCCCAAGGACAGGCAACAUGCCCAGGCCCAAGUCUCAGGAGGUGAGGGGGAUCAAGUCCAGUGAGUGGGGUGGAGGUCCAGCUUGUGUGGUUUCCCCACACGCCUCCUAUUCCACCUCACUUAUUCCUAAUGCCACCCUGUCUAGCUCCACUGAGGUCAUUGCCCUCAGCACCUCCGGUCAGCUCCCCCACUCCCCAGCCUCAGUUUAUCCCACCCGACCGCUCAGUGUGGCCUCCUCCUCCAACACUGACCCUCUGAUCUCCAGUCCGACAGUCUUUACCCACAGUUCCACCUGUCCAGCCUUGGCCACAUCUACCCCCACUCAUACAUCACAGGACGGCGGUCUGGUCGUUGCAGCACCCGCUAGCGAGUCAGGGCACUCAGACAGCAGCGUACACAGCCACAGCACCUUGGCCCCCACACCUCCAUCCUGUCUGCCAGAGGAGCAGUGGAUCUACGACACGCCAGAAAACGCGGUGGUCCCUCACCGCACUCUGACCUCCAGCUGCUCCACUCCUAUCAACCAGCUGUAUAACAGCCUGGAUCUCUCCUCCAGGACCACUACUGAUUCCAGCUCUCUCUAUUCCCAGGACAACGAUGGAUAUUACACCUCCAUGCACCUGGACUCCGGCCUGCGCUCUCGCAGCCAUGGCAGUGGGCACGGGGCAGCGGCUGGACGGGCCACCAGGCACAGCAUGUACGAGUGCCGCGAGAUGACCAAUCAGGAAGACUCUGGAAGCUUGUACAGUGAUCGCUCUCUAUCCCGCAGCAUCUCCCUUCGCAAGGCCAAGAAGCCUCCGCUACCCCCAGCCCGUACAGACUCUCUUAGACGCAAGCCUGCUGCGAAAAAGCCCCUCGGAGGCGUUAGUGCCAUCAGUGGUACUAGCGAACCAAGCAGCGCCAUGCUUAAUGAGACUCUAAUUGCCAGUUUGCAGCAGAGCCUACAAAUGGGGCUGAGGGGAGGUAAAGGAAAGGGCGCCUCACCGUCUUCACCCUCUCACAGCCCGAGCAGCGACUACGAUGACCCUUGGGUGCUACGGCCACGCAGUCAGAGUAGCAUCAGUGCGGGAAGCUCUGCAGCAUCACUAGUUGCUAACGCAAACUGUGGCGGCGUGUCUAACGUAUACUCGCUAUGCCAUGUGACACCAGCUCACAGUGACACCAGCAGCUUGCGUUCAGACUAUGCUGAUUCCUGGGGUUAUUACAUGGACUACCCUCGUAACCAUGGAGACCAGGGGGCGCAGACCCCUCCGACUACAGAUAACAUGACAGCUGGGGCUCACCCAGGAGAACUACAGAAUGGAGGUGAGAUUCACAGCAACAGCCAGGCCCCCGGUGCUCCAGGCCAGGAGGGAGGGGUGGCGGUGAAACCCAAAACGUCGACCUCCUCUCCAGACAGGGUGCACAGACUGACCUCCCCAUCUAGUGGCUACUCCAGCCAGUCCAACACCCCCACAGCUGGAACCCCAGUGCCCUCGUUUAUCAGGUCCAUGUCUCCCUCGGGCAGCCGGCCCAAGCCCAAAGUGCCGGAGAGGAAGUCGUCUCUCCUUUCCUCUGUAUCCAUAUCCUCCUCUUCCACCUCCCUCUCCUCCAACACUUCAGACUCACUGAAGAGCUCAGGCCCUCCUCCACCCCUGCCCCUCUCCUCCUCCUCGGCUCCCAACACCCCUCUAAGCCCACCUCCAUCCUUCCCUCCCGCUAUUCCACCAAGUUUGAGCACAGGUUCCCCCAGUCCUCCACCAGCUCCCCCAUUACCAACCACUCCACAGGGAACUUCUCUGAGCCCACUCCUUGCUUGCUCCACUUCCCCAGAGUUCCCUCCGCCUCCAUCCCCUGAAACGCUAAUCCACCCCAGUUCAUCCUUCAAUGGGAGCUUCAGUCCUCCCCCUCCGCCUCCCCCUCCUAUGCCCUCCUUUGGGCCCCCUCCACCUCCUCCACUGCCAGCAAUUGUUCCUCCAUCCUCCUCCCCAUCUCUCGUGAAGUCAGUGAAGGAUGCUCCCAAACCAGCUAAUUCCAACAGCCCCACAAAGUCACAGAAGCCCCUGAUCACCCCGUUUGCACUACAGAGUGUUCAGCUCCGUUCAGUCAAGCGGCCAGAAAAGGAGAUUAACAGCAAAUCAGACCACACCAAAGCUCAAGAAACGGGGGUGGACCUCCUUCAGGGUCUAAAGCCCCAGACCCAGGAGAAAUCUCAUUCCCAGGAGCAUCCCACUGUGUUACCCGUAUUUAACAGCUCCCCAGAAGAUGAUUUGCGUAAUUCCUCACCAUCACCUGUGUCAAAGCUCUUAGAAGAGUUGUCAUUAGACUGCAGUAUCACAGAUGAAACACCAGACAGUGCUGUCUUAAAUGGAAAAGCUGAGGAUCUGAGUUACUUUCUCUUAAAUGGAAAAGAAACAGAUGAAGGGCAGCAAUCCCUGCCAGGUCCCCCACAGAGCUCCCAAUGCUCCCCUGUCAAACAGAAGCCCCCGACAGUCUCCAAGAAACCCAAAUUCUCUUUUAUCUUACCAUUUAGCCCCCAACUAAUCAAUGAACAGGUUCCAGGUCAUCAAGAGGAUAUAACCAGCCUGUGCCAAACAGAAGACCAAGUAGAUGCUCUGCAAAGACAGACAAAGGAAGAGGAGAAAGAGAAGAAAAGUGAGCAACAGGAGGAGGGGGAGAUUUUUGAGAGCUCUAAGCCAUUAGCGGAGAGCAGUGAAGCAUCCACAGAAAUCCAGGACGAGUCCCAUAUCUCUGCUUCUGCUAGCCAGGAGACAAGUCUGGACUAUGACCUGUGUACCAAUGGAGAGGCCCAUGAAGAGGAAGACGAGGAGGGAGAUGGAACAAGCAGCACGACUGGAUCCAUCAGCUCAAAGGAGGACGACACAGGUGAGGUGUUCGACUCCAGUACGGCUGAAUCGUCUCCGGCCCCGUCUACCAACGGGGCCUCUGAGGAGAACAUGGUGACCCCGACCCCCACGCGGCCCAGAACCACUGAGGACCUCUUUGCCGCCAUUCACAGGUCGAAGCGCAAGGUCCUGGGUCGCAAGGAGUCUGAGGAGGACAAGUCUCGGGCUGGGAACCAACCACAGUCUCCACCCCUCACCCCCACAGGCAUGUCCCCAGGGACGGUGUCCUCUCUGCCCCGGCAGACGAGCUCCAUCCAGCGCAACCUCCGCAAGUCCUCCACCAGCAGCGACACCUUCAAGGCCCUUCUCCUCAAGAAGGGCAGCCGCUCUGAGACCAGCUUCAGGAUGUCUGCUGCUGAGAUGCUUCGCUCCACUGACCCUCGCUUUCAGCGAACACGCUCCGAUUCAGCGUUCGACCCCCCUGUUGUUUCGCCCUCCUCCCCAACGGCACCACACAGCCCCUGCGCCUCCCCCGGCCGCGGCAAACGGGCGACAGACGAGUGGAGCCGCUAUGAGGCCUUGGCUCUGUCCUCGCCGACGUCGUCGUCGUUUUCAAUGAGCGGGCUAAAGUACGGGCGCUCUCGCACACCACCCUCUGCUGCUAGCAGCAAGUACAACGCACGCAGCCGAAUCCUCAGCAGCCCAAUGACAGUUAUCUGCGAGCGUGAGGGGGAGUUGGCUGAGAGCGAGUACGGAGACACUGCAGAAAGUCUGUCUGGAACCGAAGUCCAGACGCUCCCUGUGCUCAAAGACUCCAAUGGCACUUUAUCUGAAGAGAGCAGAAGUUAAAGAGAAAGGACUGCCCCUUCGAUUCAGGGAGCUGAACUCAUUCAUCGUAACUAGGUAAGGGGCAGGAAGAGGAGCCAACAGAAGGCCCUCUAGAGACACCUUCCUGAGUCCCUCCCCCUCUGCACUGCCUAUGAGGGAGAGGACGUGUCGGGUUCUGAUGUGAGGUCAGAGGUCGCCCCAUCAUGGACCGGGCUGAACUUAGUCUGAAGUGGAGAACUGGUUGUGCUGCAGCUUUUCAAGACUCCCAUGAUUCUCAUUCUCUCCUUCGUUUGGUGACUCACCCUUUGUGUUAAAAGAAUAGUGUUUCUUUUAUGCCUGGUGUUUUGAGUUUGUUUGUUUUUUUUUUCCUUUCUUUUUUUGUCCUUAACAUGCAGGAACCGGUUAGUUUCUUCGGAGGACAACCGUUCAGAUGGCAAAACAAGGUGAAUCGAAGGAAUUGAAAAGUCACAAGUUGUUUGCUUAACUGUGCUGCUGUGGUGCUAUGUAGCUAGGCAGUUGGAAAGAGUAGAAUGUAAAGGCGUGAUAGAUGCUCGCCUUGUAAAUCUUCUCAGCUUCUGCUCCUCUCCUGUUGGCUCUGGAAAGUGUGCUAAGAGCGCCAUGGCCCUGGAAUGUUGGCUUCUAACAGCCCAUUGUGUUGUGGCAAGAACUUGAGGACGUGGUACAUCAGACAGCUCCACCGAACAACUCAUUAUGGCUAUUGCCAGGUUUUUUGCUCUCUGCUCUUGCGUUUCAGCGGUGCAGUUUGCAGAGCUGAGGUCCAUAGAAAGUAAGGAGGACUCAGUGCUGCCACCCAGUGAUGGGCAGGAAGCGGACAUGGGUUGGGGGAACAAAUGCUCGACCAAAAUCAGCAAAUUUACUCUACUCAGAAAACCUCUAUUAAUUAACUUUUAGUUUGUAGGUUAUGCACUGUGCAUAGGUCUUUUCUUUGUUCAUAUGUUUUAAAGAUUGUUUUAAUAAACAAGUGAUGUCAAGACUGUUUGGAAAUUUAGGACGAAUCUAUAAAUGUAAAGCCAGAAAUGACAUUAUACGAAAAGCUUAUUCUACUGUCCGGGUCUUUUAGUGAUGUUGGUUACCAAAGAGCUGAAAAGAAUGAAGUGUAGCUGGCCGUUAAUCUUGACGUGAACACAAUCUGAGAGUCUGAUCGCUUGUCUAACACCCCACGCAUAUGGUCCAACCAUUGUUAAGUUUGCUGAGACCUACUCGAUCCUUUUAGGGCUUAAAUGAUUUCUAUGACGCUGUUGACCUUUCUGCUAAAUUUAUCCCUUUGCAGUUUUAUAUGGCUCUGUAUGUAAAUACAUAGAGAAAGGAGUUUUAAGUAACAUUUUGACUUAUUUUCAAAAAAUUAGUGCAUUUUUUAAAGCCCUGUGUUUGCUGGAAGGGAGUGGUUUCCUUUUCGUAGAUUAUUUAUUUUCUCAUGGCGGGGUUGCAGUAUGGUAAACUGGUCAGAGCCCACAAGCAGGGUGAUGAGACACGGGGAAGAAGGGUUAGGGAGGGACAAGAGCCGCAUCUACUACGCUGAUCCCACCAGGGCAUUUCUUUCUUUUGAAAAGGUGCUUCAAAAAUGCAAUGAUGUCAAAUAUUUAUGCUUAAGUCUUCUAUCGCCCUCAAUCUUGAGUCAUGCAAAUCCCUCACUGGUGCUCACAGCUGAGUAAAUGUGGUCUCUUUUAAAACAUAAACUGAGGAGACAGGCGUGAGACUUCAUAACCCCCUAACGGCCAUAGCACCCUGUGGUUCAAUCACCUGUGACCAAAGUGUGUCUCCCCCGGCUCCCGCCUGGCCAUGAUUGAGCACUUGGGGCCCGGGCUUGUCUCAUGACAGGGAACAUCUCAAUCACAGAGAGCUUGUGAGAAGACAUGAGGACAGGAGAAGAAGCCGUUGUGAAGUAGUGGGAGUGGAGCUGAAGGCAGGCUGCUAACGCUCUUGUGUAUGUCUGUGUAAUAAAAAAAAAAAAAAAAA